AUGCAAUCGAAUGUAUUUGUGAUAUAUGAAUAUGAUGAUAACGAGGAAACACUUGUUACAUUUGUUUAUCCAUCAAUAGAUAAAGAGACAAAGUCAGUUAUUCAAGAAACAGCUCAUCAUAUCAUCACGCAAUCAACGGCAUCAAAUCUUUUCUCGUCAUAUAAGAAGAAAUGGCUCUACUUCGAUAACAAGAGAAAUCAAGAACGUUCAGAUAAUGUCCGUAUUUAUGGUGUUUGUGUGGUAUCAGAAGUUUUCAACCCACAAUUAUAUUUAGAUUUUACUUCCAUUCUUUCGAAAAUCGCUGCUGACACUAAAACACCUGCAAAUGUUCUCCGUAUCUAUCUUAUGAUAUUAUCUCAAGGCUAUCUCGAUCAAGGCGGCAUUGAUUUCUCAAUCGAAAAUUACGGCGAAUAUUAUACAAAAGUUUCAUUCGAAAAGCUUCUCGAUCGCUCCGGCCAGCACAUUUCCGUCAUCUGGCAAGCUCUUGUCACUGGUCGUUCUGUGGCAGUAUAUUCGCCAGAUAUUUCUAUUCUCCAGGAUGUUACUCUUGCAAUACUUUGCUUAUCCCGUCCAGGAAAGCGUAAUCUCCUUCCUCUCGUUCUCGAUAAUUCUAUUCUUCAGACAAAUGCUGCCCAAGAGACAGCAUUACCAAUCUGGUGCAGCUCAGACCAAGCCAUUCUUAACGGCCACUUCGAUUUGAUCGUAGACCUCGCUACUCGUACAAUCAAAACUUCUCCUGCCUUUUCUAAGGAGGCUGGAAAGAUUUCACUCGGUGAAGCCCUCAUGAAUACAAUUAAUGAGGUCACAGCGGCAGAAGGAAGCGUUCCAGACUCAAUUUUAGAAUUUAAUGAAUCUAUCCUUGAAAUUCUCGGCCAAAUCAAGCAGAGAAUGGGAGAAUUGAACGCUCAGACGAUUGGAUCAGUAAAUCUCCCAGCUGAUAAGAAGCAACUACUCAUCGGUAUUGCUGCAAGUAGUGUCUUCGAAAUUUAA